UCAGGUGGGUAUUUGAUUACUCAGAGGAACGUAUUUUUUGAUCGGGCUAGAACGUGUCAGCUUAUAGCCGCCAUGUUGGCUUCCAACGAUGAAAGAAUAAAAAUAGAUCUACCUCCACCUUGUAUUUGCAAGCCAACCAAGUUAUGGUCUGGGAAGCAGAUAUUCAGUGUACUGUUACGCCCCAACAAACAAAACCCUGUGAAGGCUAACCUGAGAACCAAGGGAAAAAAUUACAGCUCUGGUGAAGACAUGUGUAUCAAUGAUUCUUUUGUGGUUAUCCGGAACAGUGAAUUGUUAUGUGGCUCUAUGGACAAAGGAACUUUAGGAGGAGGAUCUAAGAACAAUAUAUUUUAUGUGAUACUUCGAGACUAUGGUGAAGUCUACACAGCCAAAUGUCUGGCAAGGCUAGCAAGACUGUGUCCAGCAUAUCUUAGUAACAGGGGAUUUUCUAUCGGUAUUGGAGAUGUCACACCAGGUUAUGGUCUGAUUAAAGCCAAGAACCAGUUGCUGGAUGAUGGAUAUUCUAAAUGUGACCGUUAUAUCAAAGAUUUAGAGGAAGGUAAAUUGACCAGCCAACCAGGUUGUAGUGAGGAGGAGACAUUAGAGGCUGUGAUAUUGAGAGAGCUGUCAGUCAUAAGAGAUCAUGCAGGAAAAGCUUGUCUACGUGAGUUACACACCAGUAAUAGUCCACUUACUAUGGCUGUUUGUGGCUCUAAAGGAUCAUUUAUCAAUAUAUCCCAGAUGAUAGCAUGUGUUGGUCAGCAGGCAAUCAGUGGUAAACGUGUACCCAAUGGGUUUGAGGACCGAGCACUGCCACACUUUGAGAGACAUUCUAAGGAUCCCUCAGCUCGUGGGUUUGUACAGAACAGUUUUUACAGUGGUUUGACACCAACAGAGUUCUUCUUUCACACAAUGGGAGGUAGAGAGGGUCUUGUAGAUACUGCUGUGAAGACAGCAGAAACAGGUUACAUGCAGAGACGUCUAGUCAAGAGUUUGGAGGAUUUGUGUUCACAUUAUGAUAUGACAGUACGAAGUUCGACCAGCGAAAUCGUACAGUUUGUAUAUGGAGCAGAUGGUCUAGAUCCAGCAGCCAUGGAGGGUAAAGACCGACCUGUUGACUUCAGAAGAGUUUAUGAUCAUGUCAGGGCAUGUUCUACAACAGAGAGCAGAAAUGAACAGGUGCUGUCUGGACAACAGUUUCUAUCUGCUAUAGAAGAAAAUCUCUCUCAACCUAAAUAUGACAUUUAUAGUGAUGACUUCAAAAAAGAACUAAGGUAUCUCAUUUAUAUCGCCACCACCACUAUGCGGACACCCACCACCAUGCAGAUCGCAUCCAUCAUGUGGACCACCGUCAUGCGGACUACCACCACCAUGAGGACUGCUACCAACAUGCUGGAUCACCGCCAAGAUGCAGACUAUUGCCAACAUGUGGACUGCCACCAACAUGCGGUCCACCGACAACAUGCGGACCGCCACCACCAUGCGGACCGCCACCAACUUGCGGACUGCUACCAACAUGCUGGAUCACCGCCAACAUGGGGACUAUCGCCAACAUGCGGUCCUCCACCAACAUGCGGACCGCCACCACCAUGUGGACCGCCACCAACAUGCAGACCACCACCGUCAUGCGGACCAUCACCACCAUGCAGACCAUCACCAAUAUGCAGACCGCCACCAACAUGCGGACUGCCACCAACAUGCUGGACAAACGCUAUCAUGCGGACCACCACCACCAUGCGGACCACCACCACACCAUGCGGACUGUCACCACCAUGCAGACCACAGAAUUUUUGUUUCGAUGUGGCAGAGAAGUUAGACAAAUUAAGACACAAAUUUAACAUAGAUUCUAGCGAAAGAUCUGCAUCAGUUUUGUAUGAGUUAGAGAGGAUAACCAUUCUACAGGUUGAGAAGUUAGACUGUUGUAAAGAGAAGUAUGUGAGGGCAUGUAUAGAACCAGGAACUGCUGUUGGGGCUGUAUGUGCGCAAAGUAUAGGAGAACCAGGCACUCAGAUGACACUGAAGACAUUCCAUUUUGCUGGUGUAGCCUCAAUGAACAUUACACAGGGAGUACCGAGGAUUAAGGAGAUAAUGAAUGCCUCUAAGAACAUCAGUACACCUAUAAUCACAGCCCAAUUAGAGGUUGAUAAUGAUGCAGAGUUUGCUAGAAUUGCUAAAGGCAGGAUAGAGAAAACAGAACUUGGAGAGGUGUCCGAGUAUCUGGAGGAAGUGUUUCUACCAGAUGAUUGUUUUAUACUUAUCAAACUAGACUUAGAGCGCAUCAGGCUACUUAAGCUAGAAGUCAAUGCGUGUACAAUCAGAGAAUCCAUCUGUGCUUCAAAAUUAAAAAUCAAAUUUGGUAAUGUACAUAUUCACAGUGCAGCUGUACUUACCAUACAUCCUAAAGAGUCAGCAAAAAGUUCUAUGUAUUAUACUCUACAAUUUUGGAAGAAAGAGUUGGCAUCAGUCCGGAUUAAGGGCAUACCGUCAGUUACACGUGCUGUGAUACAUAUUGAUGAGAGUAAGGGAGAUAACACAUACAAGCUUCUUGUAGAAGGAGACAACUUAAGAAAUGUUAUGGCCACACAAGGUGUAAAAGGUUCACAUGUAACAUCUAACAAUACAAUAGAGGUAGAGAAGACACUGGGUAUAGAAGCAGCAAGGACUACUAUUAUGAAUGAGAUCAAUUAUACAAUGGGCAGCCAUGGGAUGAGUAUAGAUAUAAGACAUGUCAUGUUACUGGCCGAUCUUAUGACAUAUAAGGGAGAAGUAUUAGGUGUGACAAGAUUUGGGCUGGCGAAGAUGAAGGAAAGUGUGCUGAUGCUUGCAUCUUUUGAGAAGACAGCAGACCAUCUGUUUGAGGCUGCCUAUCAUGGACAGAAAGAUGUUAUAUCAGGUGUAAGUGAGUGUAUUAUUAUGGGUAUACCAAUGACAAUAGGUACAGGACUAUUCCAACUACUACACAAAGCAGACAAGAAACCGCCUUCGCAGAGGUCACUACUGUUUGAUAUCCCAGAGUUCCAUGUUCAAGGGUCGUGACCUUCACCUUGUCUUGUCAUAAUAGGAGAUUGACGGUAGGGCUGAAAUUUAUCAAGAGGAAUUGAUUCAAAGUCUACUUGAUUUGCUUGUCUACUAGAACUAGAAAAAAGGAAGAAACAUACAGUAGGAUGUAACAAUCAGCUGUUGAAGAGAAUAUUGAAAUGUUUUGUAAUGACUUUGUUAAUAAAUAUGAUUGAUAAA